UGGUAAGAGGAACAGGAAGAGAGGAGUGGAGAGAGAGUAGGUAGAAAGGCAGACGGCAAGGGUGAGAGCUUGUCAGCUCGGCGUGUGAAACCCUUCAGAGCAGUUACUUUCUUUUCUUUCCUUCAAAAAGACACUGUGUCUCAUGCCAGCAAUGCUGUGCUCAGUCUCUUGUGACCCCCAAGAGAUGAUGAUCUGAAAGGGACACACCUCAGAAGACACAGUUUCUGUGUAUCUCCAUGUCAGGGCUUGACGGCAAAAUUAAUGGCCUGCACAGGGAUCAAAGCAGAAAUGGCUGAAGAAGGGCUCCUGGGUCCUCUCAUCAUCACCGAAGAAGGAGACAUAACUGAGGGUGUCACUGGGAGAGGGGCAACCGGCAGUUUGGCCGCGAUCGCACGGGGCACCAUCGAAGGGAUGGCUCUGAAAGAGGAAGAGAAGCACACAGGGGAGGACAAGGAAGAAUCCGCUGUAGUGAAUAAAGUGUGUUUAGAAGAGUGGACCUCGGGAAACCAGACAGGGGAGGCUGCUGCGGAUGGAAAGGACAAACUGGAAGAUGGUACACCAGGUGAAACCGAAAACAUGUAUAAUGGACAGAACAGGGGCGAAGGGGUGAGGAUUAAUGGAAGAUCGGAGAAGCCCAGUUACACAGGGGGUGAAAAGGUUACACACAAUGACCCCCGACUGGACACAAAGGGGUCGAAGUUAUCCGAGCAACAACCCAAAGGGACACCGAGCGAAGAGGAGGAUCGGAAAAAGGCUCACCGGUUAACCCCUGACUUCCCAGAGGCACUCUACGAGCUACUCUGCACCCUUCAGGAGGGGAGACGGCUCAAUGACCAGCGUUGCUCCUUCAGGCUGGAGAGUGGGAUGGGGAGGCGGAGGUGCCACUCUGAGCCCAACGCAACCAAACCAGUCCACAGAGUCAUGUUUUCCUCCAUGACCUCACUGCAGAAAGAGGAGUUCUUUGAGCUGGUGGCCACCGCUCAAGCCCGUCGCCUUGAUGACCAGAGGGCGAAGCUCGAAAGGUCGCCGCCGCCAAAACCAAAAGGCAGAAGUUUCCGAGGCAGCAUAAAGCAACUGUCUUUUGUGAAAAAGCCAGCGCCAGUUCCUGAGCCUCCCAAGGAUGAUCUGUACAAUAUGAUCCUCACGACACAAGCCCAAGGCAGGCUGGAGGACCAGCGCAGCAGGGCCCCUGGCAUCAUGGAUGAUGAGGACUUCUUCUCCCUGCUCCUGAGGGUCCAGGGCGGACGCAUGGAAGAGCAGAGGACUGAACUACCAUGCAUGCUGCAGACCUGAGCUGGAAAACAACCAAACAAAAAACCCCGAUGUGGCUGCUGUGAUAGCCAUUCCAGUAUUGUAGCUUUUUUUUUUGGUCUGAUUUCCUGUAAUAAGAGGGGGUUUGUUGACCCUGAUGAUGCUUUGUUUUGGGGAAUUGUCACCCCUCUUGAUGGUGUUGGUCAGUGUUAAAGCUGUUGAGAUUAUAUGAAAGACGCUAAUGUUAAAUUGAGCAACAGAGCUUUUUUUUUUUACAUGACUUGAGCGAUGUUCCCGAUGACAUUGUGAAGUUUACUUCUAGUAAGCUUUUUCAUUCCUGGUCAGAAGGAUCAGUAGAUAUGUUUUUUUGUGGCCAAAUUUAGCAUUUGUAUCGAAUGUAAUGCAAUGAGUGUGCGUGUGUUCCUGUUCUCAAUGUGGAGGACGCCGUGCACCGAUCUCUGUUGUUCUCCCUUUUUUGUACAGUAGAUGUCAGACACGCCAGGAGCGGUGGUGAGGCGAUAAUCGCUCCAAGGCCACAGUGCUUGACUGCAUGUGGAUGAUAGUCCUCCAAAAAUAAACUUAAAAUAUAUGAGGCGUUUUUUUUCAUCAAUUUAUUUGAUUUGUCCAAAAUGUUGUCAACGUUAAAAAAAGAGACUUAUCACA